UCGGCAGAAAAAGGCGGAAAUGCUUUUAGCUUUGCUCGUGUGCGCUGAAUCUCUGAGCUGUUGGAGUAACAAUGCCUUCAGUUCAGUAUCUGAGAGAGUUUAUCAACGAGCGACUAACUGCUGCUGCUGAAGAAAUAUUCACAGAGUUUGAAAAAACGAUCGUCCAGUACGAGGAAGAGAUCGACCGUCAGCGCAGACUGCUGGAUAUCACCUGGAAACCCGAAAUAAAGCUGCGCAGGACAGAACUCCCACAGGAAAGUGUCAGUGAGGGGGAGCAGGUUCUCUCGGAGCAGCAGCUCUGUAACCAGGAGAGGAACUCCAGUCUGGACCAGGAGAAAACAGAACCUUCACAGAAAAAAAAGGAACAGGGAGAACUCUGCAGCAGUCAGGAGGGAGAGCAACUUGAGCUGGAGGAGGAGGCUGAUACCUUGAUUGUGACUAAUGCUGAUGAAAGUGACUACAGUGAACCAGAUCUAGACAGAGACCAGCCUCUCUCUUGUAGUUCUGACUCCAGAGAAACAGAAGUUUUUAAUAAUCCUGUCCAGAAACAGAAAGAGCUCAACCAUCAGCCCAAGGUGCUGGAUAUCACUUUGAUGCCUGAGACAAACCUGCAGAGAACAGACCUCCCACAACAACAUGUCUGCAACGAAAAGGAGGGUCUCACUGAGCAGCAGCUUUGUAACCAGGAGAGGAGUUUGAGUCUGGAGCAGGAGAAACCAGAACCGCCACAGAUUACAGAGAUGCAGGAGGAACUCCACAGCAGUCGAGAGGGCGCGCAGUCUGCACUGACAGAGGAGGCGGAUGCUUCUAUAAUGACUCCUACUCACAACAAAAGCGACCACAGUGAACCAGAACCAGAAAGUGAACAGCUCCUCUCUCACACCUCUGCUGUAACUGAGACUCCAGAUCAGGAAGGAAGCAAGAAUGUAUAUUCGGGAUCAACUAGAAAUUCAAAGUCAACACCUAAGGAGAGUCUUCACAGCAACAAUGCAGAAGAAUCUUCUACAUCAGAGAGUCAGUGUAGCACUGACACAGGUGAAAAGUCCUUACAAUGCAAUGUUUGUGGAAAGUCCUUUAAGAAAAAGUCCCAAAUAAAAGAUCAUUACAGAAUCCACACAGGUGAGAAGCCACACUCUUGUGAAACAUGUGAAAAACGUUUUGCUCAAAGGAGCUCUUUGUUGCGCCACAUGACUAUCCACACAGGAGAGAAGUUGUAUUCUUGCCACAUAUGUGGAAAAACCUUUAGGCAACGUGGUAAUUUGGGGAUACACCUGAGAAUCCACACCGGUGAGAGGCCAUAUUCCUGCAUAACAUGUGGAAAAACUUUCAGUCAAAGUAGUCAUUUGUUGAGCCACAUACGAAGCCACAGAGGAGAGAAGCCGUAUCUUUGUGAGACGUGUGGGGAAAGUUUUUCUGAAUCGUCAUCACUUAAACUGCACAAAGCAAUCCACACAGGAGAGAGACCUCAUUCUUGCCAAGUUUGUGGGAAAACUUUCAUUAAACACAGUAAUUUGCUGCGUCACAUGAGAACACACACAGGAGAGAAGCCUUACGUUUGUGAGACCUGCGGGGAAAGAUUCACUCUGUCAACGUCACUUAAAAUCCACAAAACAAUCCACACAGGAGAGAAGCCAUAUCACUGUAAAACAUGCGGGAAGAUGUUCCGCCAAAGGCAUCAUUUGUUGUUCCACACGAGAAUCCACAAACUUCAGAAGUCAUCGUGCUGAAAGUUUUGUAGAGAAAGCCAUGUCUGUGAAGCCAAGAUCUAAAAACAUCUAAGAGUUCAUACAGGUUCAGUGUAGAGCUUCCAGAUUCAAACAGCUUCAGACUGUUACCCCUUUAAAGGCCAGUAUUUUUUACAUAGUGCCUCCAUUUCAAGGAGGAAGGGAACACAGUGGUGUGGUGGUUAGCAGUCACAGCAAGAAGGUAAGAAGGUCCUGGGUUCAAAUCCACCAUCUGGCCAUGACCUUUCUGUGUGGACUUCUCAUGUUUGCCCCAUGUCUGUGUGGGUUCUCUCGGGGUACUCCAACUUCCCACUUCUAGUUAGGUUAACUGGUGAUUCUGAAUUACCUAUAGGUGUGAGUGUGAGUGCAAAUGACUUCCUCACUCUGGGACUGAAGGAAGGGCUCAGCCAGUCUUGGGAGGAAACUCAUUUCCACCACUUGUAUCUGUGAUCUCGUUCUUUUGGUCAUAAGAAAUGAGUUUCUAUAUUCUGGUUCCUGGUUUGGGGAGAUUUCUUGAGACUCUUUUCUAAAUGUUCUAAUAACACUAUAAUCGUCCUCUGAAGGUCCAGCAUGUUUUAUACAACAGCUUCUGUGACAUCUUAUUACAACACUGUAAAUGUAUGAAGAUCCAUGUAAAUAUUUUUUAAAAAGUGGAGAAGCAGCUCGUCAGCUGGUCUCAUUCAGGAAGCAGUGUUUUUGAGUUUGCUUUUUUGUUUGUUUUACUGUUUGGGUUAUAAA